AUGACCAACAGCUCUCUGGGUGACGAGGUCCAGCGUUUGGUGACCCUGCGGGAUCUACAGGGCAUUGAAGACUUGCCACCACGCGGACAAACGCAGGUGCAGCUGCUAGCUGGCCAAUUCCGUGGUCCCUGGAGGCAUUCCAUGCCGGGGAUUUUGCCACAAGUGGGCACUGAACUUCCUGACUUUUGGUUUUAUCAGACCUGCAAGGAGUUUGGUUUCUAUCAGACUUGUGAGGACGAUUGCAUGUUCGUGCGUGGUCUUGCAAAUGCUAGCUACAUGGCAAGCGGAUGCAUGAAGCUCUUCAACAUCACGAUUGAGGAUGUGCAAUCCAACAUUGAUUCAACCAACUUUCACUAUGGCGGCCUCUUACCGUUAGAUGACAAAGAACAUUUGGGGAGGUGCGUGAUGUUCCCCAACGGUGAGGUUGAUCCUUGGAGUACAUGCAGUGUGCUGCAAGCUCCCAGCCCGGAUUUGCCUGUACUGUACGUGUAUGGUGCUUCUCACCAUGCCUGGACGUGGCCAAGCCGGAGUGGGGAUCAGGAGAGUGUCAUGGCUGCUCGGAGCAAAAUCAGGCGUCAGGCGAGAGUUGUCGUUGUGCUUGAAUGA